AUACUGUGGUUAGCCUGAGAGGGUAGCGAUGAAGAGCUCGGAGCUUCUGUACCUGUAUGGGGGGCUGGACCGGCGGGUGCGUUGCCUGGUGUUCAGUGUCCGGUGCUGGGCUCGGGCCCACAGUAUCACCAGCAGCAUUCCUGGAGCCUGGAUCUCAAACUUCUCUCUCACUGUCAUGGUCCUAUUCUUCCUCCAGAGGAGAACUAUUCCUAUCCUACCCACCCUGGACCACCUCAAGGAACUAGCAGGCCCUCUAGAUAAGAGUGUCAUCGAGGGAAACGACUGCACAUUUGUCAGCGACUUCACAAAAAUACGACUGCAAGACAACACAGAGACAUUAGAGCAACUGCUGCAGGAGUUCUUUGAGUUCUAUGGAACCUUCGCGUUCAACCGCAUGUCGAUCAAUAUCAGAAAGGGCAGGGAGCAAAACAAACCCGAAAUGUCCCCAUUGCACAUCCAGAACCCCUUUGAGCCCGCGCUGAACGUCAGUAAGAACGUUAACGGAACGCAGCUGGAGCGCUUCGUGGCGCUGUGCCGGGAGAGCGCCUGGAUGCUGCAGCAGCGGGAGUUCAACGUACCGCACGGCGGCAGCGCUACCAGAAACAACGCCCCCUGGGGCCUGGCAGCGCUCCUCAUGCCCUCGGUCUCCCAGGUGGCCGGGGUUAAAGGUCGUAAGAAGAGGAAGAGGGAGCCGGCCAGCGAGAGGAUAAAGGGCCUGCUGGAGUCUCUAAAGAACAGUGAGGUGAAGAGCUAGAGAGCGGCCAUGCAGUACAGCCCCACUAGAGGUCACUGGUGAGUUCUGGGUCUAUGGGUAACAGUGGCUACAUGACCGUAAAGAAUGGACAUGUGAGGACUUGUCCAAUUGCUUUUCACACAACUGCAAAUAACCGAUCAGAGCCAAACUAAGCUGUACUGAUAUGGCUUGCGCCAUGGUUGCUGCAACCUACCUGAAAAGGACAAUGUGACAACAGUUUGGUUUUGUUCAGCACGGUAGUGUGAAAAGGGUGCCUGUGACCAGAUGCUCGUUAUAAGAAAGUCCGACUACUCUACAUGGCGACGUUUGCACAUCGAUGUACAUAAAGACAUGGAGUUAUAGCGUCCGCUGACAUCGUUUUGUUUGUAUACAUUUAGAGCCGAUGUAUUCAGAUGUUUUUUAUUAAAGAUCCUGAACAGUAAUUCUGAAAAGUCAUUCUCUCAUGGCUAACUACCAGAAGUUUGAAAAGGCAGGUUGAGUGGGCGGGGAGCUUAUAUUCAUGAGCUCGCCUUGACUGACAGCUCUUUGAAACGCCUAUGUCAAGCAACUUGGAUGCAGUUAGCAGUGAAAUCAUCUCCAGCAAAUUUGGUGAGACACAAAGCAACCCAAACAACAUUGAUAUUGCAUCAAUUAGGCCUCCCGAGUGGCGCAGUGGUCUAAGGCACGACAUAAUAGUGCUAGCUGUGCCAUUAGAGAUUCUGGGUUCGAGUCCAGGCUCUGUCACAGCUGGCCACGACCGGGAGACCCAUGGGGCGGCG